UCCUCAAAUAACUCCUUUCCUUUCCUUACUUUUCAGUUUCACCCAAAAACCAACCUCUGGAAUUUAGUGAACAACACAUACACACAGAAUCUUCAUUUCUAUUCACUUUUUAUCUUUUUCUUUCUUUUUUCUUUGUUUCUUUUAAAUUAAAUGUCAAACAUUUCAGGUGAAGAUGCUAAUAAUAAUAAUGGUAGUUUCUCCUCAGAAGAACAACUACAGGAGAAUGAAGAACAGCAACAGUUGCAAUUACAAAAUCACCCUCAUCAUCAUCAUCAUGGGUCAAGUUCUUCUAGUGCUUGCAAAAACAACAACAACUCCACAAGUCAAGAACAAAAGCAACAAGUUGGAAUCAAGAAGAAAAGAAACCAACCUGGAAAUCCAGAUCCAAAUGCAGAAGUGAUUGCAUUAUCACCAACCACAUUAAUGGCAACAAAUAGAUUCAUAUGUGAGAUAUGCAACAAAGGGUUUCAGAGGGACCAAAACCUUCAGUUACAUAGGAGAGGUCACAAUCUACCAUGGAAGCUAAGGCAAAGAGCAACAACAGAAGAGGCGAUGAAGAAGAGGGUGUACGUGUGCCCCGAAAAAUCGUGUGUGCACCAUAACCCUGCCCGAGCACUGGGGGACCUCACUGGUAUAAAGAAACAUUACAGCAGGAAACAUGGUGAGAAGAAGUGGAAAUGUGACAAAUGUUCAAAGAAAUAUGCUGUUCAAUCUGAUUGGAAGGCUCAUCAAAAAACAUGUGGCACUAGGGAAUAUAAAUGUGAUUGUGGAACUAUAUUCUCCAGAAGGGACAGCUUCAUAACACACAGGGCCUUUUGUGAUGCAUUAACUGAGGAAAACAACAGAAUAAAUCAACAAGGAUUAACAAAUGGGGUGCCACAAAACUUGCAAAAUGAACAAGUCUCUGAUCUUAUAGCCACAAUGCCCCUAAGCAACAGUAAUGCAUCAGAACUCAACAGCAAUAACCAUAACAAUCCACUGAGAACACUCUCACAAGAGAUUGUACCUGUGCCAUUCAAGUCCAUGAGCAUUGGUGGGGGCAUUUUCUCCCCAACAAGUUCAUCAUCAGGUACACUAUUUGGUGGUCCAAAGAGCAUGCACCCUCUUCCUACCUCUUCUUCAAGCCUUCAACUCAGUUCCAACAACUCCACUGGUUUCAAUUAUUUCCAAGAUAGCAGCAAGAACUUGGGUCUUGUUUCCAGCUCAGCUCACAUGUCUGCAACUGCAUUAUUGCAGAAAGCAGCACAAAUGGGUGCUGCUGCAAGCAGCAACAGCAUUAACUCCCCCAUGAUGCAAAAACCCUUUGUUACUACCAUGGCCGGUCCUGACCAAGUUUCUGGUGCUGCUACGGCUAUGCAGCACCAUAACCGUAAUAACCCUCCUUCCUAUGAUCAUCAUUUCAAUCAACAGGCUGAUCAAUUUUUUCAUAAAAGGCAGCAAGAAAUGCCACUGAUAUUUGAAGCUAAUAACAAUAGUAAUGAUGGGUCAACAACAAAUAAUGAUAUAGGAAUGCUUAGCACAAUGUUCAUGGGAAGUGAUCACAAUACACAAGAGGUUGGUGCUACCAGUUUGGUCCAUGAAAGAGACCUUGCAGAAGGAAAUAACCAAAUGGGGGCACCAAGGUUUGGUGUCAGUAAUGACAUGAAAACAGUUCAUGAUUUCUUGGGAGUUGGAGGGUCAACUUCAAGAGCUACAGGGAAUUUGCAUGAACCUCAGAGACAUCAUCAUCAUCAACAAGAACAACAGAGAUUGGAAUUAGAAGCAUUAAGCCAACAGAGGUUACCACUUAUUAAUCACUUUCAGCAUCACAUUCCACAUGGAGAUUCAACUAUGGAGAAAUCUGUUUGGGACAUAUGA